UUUCCAUGCUUAAUAUUGAUGAUCUUGAAAGUGCAUUUGGAUCCAAGACAUUUUCUUUGAAUUUUCAUUGAAUGUAUCAAGAAGCUCCUCUCCUAGAAUAGCACAGACGAUUUAAUAUCAUAUGAGCUCCUUCGUCAACUUAAAUGAAAAACAGAUCUUUUCUAGCCUUCCAUGAAGCUCAGCUGCUGUCUGUUGAUUUUGACUGCUAGCCUUGGUCUUGCAAUUGGAUUUACAGUGGAAGAUGUAGUUUUGGACAGGACAGGUGUUUCAGGGUCCGUCAAUACGUCGCUUCAUCCAGUAUUUCAAGCUUUAGGAAACUCUCCAGCGCACCAUGAUAUCAUAGCCAAGGAGGGCACCAGUGUUUUAAUUGAAUGUAAAGUGAACGUCAGCCAAUAUGAGUAUAUCCUUUGGUACAACUCCAGAGGACACGUGCUUGACCAAAAAGAUGAAGGUGGCCGGUGGUGGAUUGCUGACAAUUCCCUUAACAUCUCAAGGGUCAACUUUGCUGACCGGGGGCGCUACACGUGUGCAGCUGUUAAUCGUAACGACACCUUGUUUUACACAGUCACCCUGAGGGUUAUCUUCACCUCGGGAGACAUGAGUAUCUACUACAUGAUUGUAUGCCUCGUUGCCUUCGCCAUCACCCUCAUCUUAAACAUCACCCGUCUGUGCAUGAUGAGCAGCCACCUCCGCAAAACCGAGAAGGCCAUUAAUGACUUCUUCAGGACGGAGGGAGCUGAGAAGCUUCAGAAGGCUUUUGAGAUAGCCAAGCGUAUUCCCAUCAUUACGUCUGCCAAAACGCUAGAGUUGGCCAAAGUCACUCAGUUUAAGACCAUGGAGUUUGCCCGCUACAUUGAAGAGCUUGCCAGAAGUAUUCCCCUUCCACCACUGAUCCUGAACUGCAGGGCUUUCAUGGAAGAGAUCUUUGAGGCGGUGCGAGUCGAUGAUCCUGACGAAGUUGGCGAGGAGGGGAAACAAACCCAAGCCUGUGGUGCCCAAGCUGCCCUGUAUCCCGUCAACCCGGAGAUCAAGCGGAGUGAUUCCCCCRCUGGGGAUUCAGAUGAUGGAUCCAUGAAUGAGCAAGGCCAAGAGAUAGCGGUUCAGGUGUCCAUUCACCCACAGUCCGAAGUGCAGAGCAUUGACACAGUCUCUCAYGACAGCGGCCAGUUUGCUCCUCCUGAGGAAGGCACCUGCUGAGUGCAG